AGGGGCGCAGCCGCGCGCUACCGCUGGCCUCGAAAAUGGCUGGUCGCUCGCUGGAAGUGUUUCGUUGGACCACAUCAGCUGACUGGGAAGGGAGCUUGCCAGAUCGUGGCGUUGGUUGGGCCCUAACAGAAUCAGUGUUGGAGUUUGCCGUGUACUGUAUUUGUUGUGAUGUAUCGACUCUUUCCUACUCAGUGAACCAGGACGGGGGCGGGGGUCAGUCGCUGACCCGAACUCAGCAAACAUUAAAGGAAAUUGAUGAUGUCUAUGAAAAAUAUAAGAAAGAAGAUGAUUUAAACCAGAAAAAACGCCUACAGCAGCAUCUCCAGAGAGCACUGAUAAAUAGUCAAGAAUUGGGAGAUGAAAAAAUUCAGAUUGUCACACAGAUGCUCGAAUUGGUAGAAAAUCGAGCAAGACAAAUGGAGUUGCAUUCACAGUGUCUCCAAGAUCCUGCUGAAAGUGAACGAGCCUCAGAUAAGGCAAAGAUGGAUUCUAGCCAACCAGAAAGAUCUUCGAGAAGACCUCGCCGACAGCGAACCAGUGAAAGCCGGGAUUUAUGUCACAUGACAAAUGGGAUUGAAGACUGUGAUGAUCAGCCACCUAAAGAAAAGAAAUCCAAGUCAGCCAAGAAAAAGAAACGUUCUAAGGCUAAGCAAGAAAGAGAAGCUUCACCUGUUGAGUUUGCAAUAGAUCCCAAUGAACCUACAUACUGUUUAUGUAACCAAGUGUCUUAUGGGGAAAUGAUAGGCUGUGACAAUGAACAGUGUCCUAUCGAAUGGUUUCACUUUUCAUGUGUUUCACUUACAUAUAAACCAAAGGGGAAAUGGUAUUGCCCAAAAUGCAGGGGAGAUAAUGAGAAAACAAUGGACAAAAGUACUGAAAAGACAAAAAAAGAGAGAAGAUCGAGGUAGUAAAGGGCAUCUGUAUUUUAAAGGGUUGUCUUUUAUAUAAUUCAUUUACUUUCAGAAAAUGUUUUAGGACAAAUGCAUAAGACUAUGCAAUAAUUUUUAAUCAUUAGUAUUAAUGGUAUAUUAAAAGUUGUUCUUUGUCUGUGACCUUAAUUUUCUGCACUGAAUUACCAAAUAUUUUAAACCAGGUAGUCUUCAGAUCACCUGAAGAAAGGAGCAGGGAACAAGGAGAGGUGGUGUGAACAUUAUAAAAAUUUCACAAACCAUGCCUAUUUCAUUUCUACUUAAAACUCCAGUACUACUUUUUGGGUAAACACAAACAUUUUGCUAGAAUUUUGGUUCUAUGUGCUUAAAAAAAUUUAGAUGUUCUUAGAUUUCUCUAUAAAUAUCAAGUUAUCUUGGGUAAUUUAAAAUAUGACCACUAUUCUAUUAAGAGCUUCUUUUUCCCUAGCCCCUUUUGUACAUACACUUGUUAAUCUCUAGUCUUCCAGAAAUUUGAGAAACUAGAGAUAGAAUUAUUUGGGAUUCCAUGUGGAAUAACUUGCUCUUACUAGAGUAUUUGCUGCUGUAUUUUCCUUAGUAGCAUUUUGAUACACUGUUAGUAGCCCAUUUGUAAAUGCCUUGCUGCUUCUUCAAAAUAGAUACAUUUAAUCUAGUGUUUAUUAAGGGAGUUGUUUUGUGUUUAAAUUGGGACAGAUAAGAGUAGUUAGGAAACCAAAAAUGCUGCCAUUGACUUAUAUUGGCAAAAUUUAGGUUAUAUGGUAUCAUGGUUCAGAGUUGAUCAUUUUUCAUGUAUCUUCCUGUUUUCCAUGUCACUCACUGCUGGGAUGCUUAGCUGCAGGCCUCUCAGUGGAAAAAAGACAUACUAAUCUGUAAAAUACUGCCUUUAGGUCAGACAGUUGCUUUAAAUAGUUCUGCUAGGGGGUAUAUUUCAUUUCUGUCCCAAUCGGUGAUUAUACAUUAUUUUGAAUAAUAGUGUAUUUACCUUCUUAACUUUCUGGUAUUGGUGCUGUUUGAUGUUUUUCAUGUUUAAUGAACUAAUUUCAUUAUAACAAUGAAUUAGUAAUGUAUUUGUAAAUCAAAUUUUCCAAGAUUCUAAUAUUUUAAGAGUAAGCAUCUUGAUGGAUAUUUGUCCAUAUGUUUGGAGCAAUUUCUGGUUGCGGGGGUGGUCAGCAGAUUAGUCCUUUAAAUCUAUGUAUAACAGACUUUUAUUCCUCAUUUCUUCCUAAUCUAAUGAUCUCAAUUUUUUUUUUAUUAACAUUUGAAAAGUCCUGUCUCCUUAUUUGGGGAAAAAAUUGUUUUUUCUCUUCUAGCUCUCCUGUGUGACUUUCGGGUGUAACAUUUCACCUUUUCUGAGUGUCAGGUCAUUCUCCUAUAAAAUGAAUUGGCUUAUAUAUCUCCAGAGUUCUUUUGAAGUCUAUAGUCUACAUAACAUUGAAGGAUUUUAAUAAUUAAAUGACUUUUACUCUUU